ACGACGACGAAGAAGAACGUAAACAGGAAGCUACAAAAGGCGAACAGCUCUUUCAGUUGUUGUCGGUAAAUUCUGUCAUUUUUACCUAAAUAAUCUUUCAGAUCACCACCAAAACUCAAAAUGGGGAAGCGACAGCACCAGAAAGACAAAAUGUACAUCACAUGUACAGAGUACACACACUUUUAUGGAGGGAAGCGAGCAGAAAUCCCACAGGCAAACUUCAGACGGCUCCCGUUUGACCACUGCAGCUUGUCCCUUCAGCCGUUUGAGUAUCCUGUGUGUACUGAGGAGGGAGUCGUCUUUGACCUGCUGAGCAUUGUCCCAUGGAUCAAGAAGUACGGCACAAAUCCGAUCUCUGGAGAGAAACUGGAAGCCAAGUCCCUCAUCAAACUUAACUUUGCCAAGAACAACGAUGGAAAGUAUCACUGCCCCGUUCUGUACAACGUCUUCACAAAUAAUUCUCACUUUGUUGCCAACAAGGUCACUGGCAACGUGUUCUCUUAUGAGGCUGUUGAGCAACUCAACAUUAAGACCAAAAGUUUCAAAGAUCUGCUGACCGACGAACCCUUCACCAGACGGGACAUUAUAACACUUCAGGACCCCACAAACUUGGAUAAAUUCAAUGUGUCCAACUUCUUCCAUGUGAAGAACAACAUGAAGGUGUUGGAUCCAGACGAGGAAAAGGCCAAGCUGGACCCGGCGUACCACCUGAAGACCACCAAUCUGGAGACCAGGGAGACUUUAGCUGAGCUGUACAAAGACUACAAGGGGGAUCAGCUCCUGGCUUCCACCAUGAAGGAACCCGAGGCCAAGAAGACGGACAAAUUAAACGCUGCCCACUACUCCACAGGCAGAGUUUCCGCCUCUUUCACAUCCACAGCCAUGACUCCUGCAACAACACACGAAGCAGAUGCCAUCGCAGACGACACUGUGCGUUACCAGUAUGUGAAGAAGAAAGGCUACGUCCGUCUGCACACAAACAAGGGAGACCUGAACCUUGAGUUGCACUGUGAUAAGGUUCCCAAAGCUGGAGAGAAUUUCAUCCGUCUGUGUAAGAAAGGCUACUAUGAUGGGACCAUCUUUCACAGAUCCAUCCGGAAUUUUAUGAUUCAAGGAGGGGACCCCACUGGCACCGGCACAGGAGGGGAGUCCUUCUGGGGAAAACCUUUCAAGGAUGAGUUUCGGCCCAACCUGUCUCAUACCGGUCGCGGGGUUCUCAGCAUGGCAAACUCUGGUCCAAACACCAACAAAUCUCAGUUCUUCAUCACGUUCCGGUCAUGCACCUACCUCGACAGGAAACACACAGUGUUUGGAAGGAUUGUUGGUGGAUUUGAGGCACUCACAGCUAUGGAGAACGUGGAGAGUGAUCCCAAAACAGACAAACCAAAGUCGGAGAUCAAGAUCAUAAGCGCAACUGUGUUCGUGGACCCGUACGAAGAGGCUGACGCUCAGAUCGCAGCAGAGCGAGAAAAGGAGCUGCAGAAGGAGGAGGAGGAGAGGCAGCAGACCAGCAUCGCCCAGAAGAAAGCCAAGGAAGAGCAGGCGCCAAAAACCUUCAAGGCAGGUGUGGGGAAAUACAUCAACCCUGCCACAACAAAACGUAUGGCUGCUGAUGAUGAAAGCGGACCGUCCACCAGCGGAGUGGCGCCCAAGAAGUCCAAAGGCAAGACCAGCUUUGGGGACUUCAGCUCCUGGUAGCACCGACACACUCGACAUUCACCAGUCUGUAUUUUGUGUUGUCGAGUUGAGCACUCACAAUUAAUUUCAUUCAUACUUGUUGUCUAUCGUCUCUCAAUAGUGUUGGCGUGUUGUGGAACAAAUAAAGUUACUUUUUU